AUGGUUGAUGUGGGAGAAGAUUCACAGUUCCGCUUUGUUCUCUCCCCACAGCCUACACCUGCAGCCUUAUAUCUGGUGAAACGUUGCACAUGGGCUACACCUGAGGAAAAGGAGAAGCUGGAUCAUGUCGAGAUCAGCCCGAAGUUAAUGGAUUUGACUAAAGAAAUAGCCAAGAGAAUAGGCUCUGAUGGAGGUGGAGCACUUAUAAUCGAUUAUGGGAAGGAUGGAAUCAUUUCAGACAGUCUACAGGCUAUUAGAGAACACAAGUUUGUCAACAUACUGGAUAAUCCAGGCUUUGCGGAUCUAAGUACUUAUGUUGAUUUUCCUUCGAUAAAACACUCCGCUGAGGAAGCUUCAGAAAAUGUGACAGUCCAUGGACCUAUGACUCAGUCUCAGUUCUUGGGUUCACUUGGAAUAAACUUCAGAGUUGAUGCGUUGCUGCAGAACUGCGACGAUGAGCAAGCAGAGUCAUUGAGGUCUGAAUACUGGAGGCUUGUUGGAGAUGGUGAAGCACCUUUCUGGGAAGGACCUGAUGAACAGACACCAAUUGGAAUGGGGGAGAGGUAUCUUACAAUGGCUAUUAUCAACAGAAACCAAGGCACUCCGGCUCCGUUCCAGUAACAGGCUGAAGCUUUCAAACAAGGACACUACACUCCUCUGUUUUUUUUCUUUGAACUUGGCUUAUCUUAUGAAUUUGAUUGGUUGACUUUGGGUUUAAAGCUUACGAAAUGAUUUCAAUCCCCAUUUUAUUUUCAGUGUCAUUCAUCUUCAUGUAUGGAUCUCAGUUGCUUGAUUUCUUCUGCUAUUUUUUUUGAAAUCUGCAUGAUUGUUGAUUCUAAUAGCAUCUUAAUCUCUGUGAUCAAUACCUUUGGCUGCAGAACCGUCACCUCUGCAUACCACCACAAUCGUGGAGAAGUGUACGCUAAAGCUUGUGGAUGAUUACAAGCAUAUGCUUUGCCAAGCUACUGAGCCUAUGUCCACCUUCUUAGAAUACAUCAGGUGAGAGUCAUUCUUGAUCAACAGAUUAUGGUGCUUCAGUGUUGUUAUUGCCCUUUUCAGUUUCCAGUAGUAAGCGUAGUAGUUUCGUUCAUAUUGAGCUUUGCUUAAAAUUCUCUCGAUGUGCAUCAUAGUGUGUAAUGUUUGGUACU